AUGUCUAAUCGUCUGACAACGCCAGAUGAAAUCGUAUCUUUGACUGGUCUCAUCUACAAGUACGAUGAAUUUCUCUGUGCCAAAGUGAACGACAAAGUAAAGUUAAACGGAGUCAUGACAGCCGCUACACAACAAAGAAAAAAUGCCAUUUGGGAGAAGAUUUAUAGUCAGCUGAUCAAGCUACAUCCUCGACUGUCAGACUUGUCGUUGGCUCAGCUUCGGAAACAUUGGUCAAGAUGCAGAUCAAAGAGGAACCAGUACAUCGAGAAGUUCUACCGGGGAGAAAAGCUCAGCAAUGUAAGGUUAUGAAGUGCCGUAACAUGUUGUAUACAUAUAAAAUAUCAUUAUGUAUUGUAAUAUCUAAAUCAUCAUGGUUUAGGAAGAAUCGGGAAUUCUAGAUGCUACAGGCUUUGACUUCAUACUUCCAACUUCGUCUAAAAUAAUGUCAAACAAGAAUUCGUCAUCUUCAGAAGUUAAACAACCAAAAAACGUCAAAAAGGAUGUACCUUCUAGCUCACGUUCUAAACCUACCUUGAACUUGUCCAAACCUUCUACUGAGGUGAUUAAUGUAAAUUCAAAGAGAGUAGAUUUCGAUGUUAGCACGAAGGAUGAGAGCACUAACAGCGUAAGUAUGUUAUAAUUUAAAUGGCAUUUUAAUGUGGUUAAGUAUGUGUUACUCUUGUCUUUUUUAAAGUUAGUGAGUGUGUUACUUAGGCCAAAAAUUGGGUAUUAGAUAGUGUGUGCUAUGAUAUUACAUCGAAUAUUGUGUCUGUUUGGAUGAUAAUACAUAUAUAAGUAGUGGGCUUUAAGUAAUAUACAGUCUAAACCUCAACCCCAACAAUUUCCUAUCCAAACAAGUUCAACGUGGCAAAUGUAGCCGCGUACUUUGUGGCCAUAUGUAAUGCGUAAACGUGCUCUGUGCCCUCUCGUUUGGGCACGAUCCCUCCCUGGAUCGAUCGUUGGAGCUGAAUGCGCUGCCUGGUCGAGCUCUAAGGCUCUUUUUGUGUCUUUCCCCUUUUCCCGGAAUACUUUUCGGAUGGCAAAGCCCACUUGCCAAGGCACAUUUGCGGUUACUACUUCAAGUCGGUUGGCACGAGACCUAUUCAAACCCUUUUCACAAUACAAAUUCAAGGUUGUGGGGUCGUAACUCGUACAAGAAAAGGUAAACGGCCGCUUAUGCUUAAUGAAACUUGUUUCCUUUGUACUUGACAACGUUUUAAGGAUAUUAUAGUGUGUUAGUAUACGUUUUAAUUGAGAAAAGACUUAUAUUUACGUAGGGGGAAUAGUUACAUUGUAUUAGAUAGCUCUUGUGAAUCUUUCACUGUCAAUAUUUUUAAUGCAUAUUGUUAGCUAGUCGACUAAUUUGGCUUAUAACAACCAUCUUACAUUCACUUGUUGUAAUGCCGUCCUUUAUGUUAGAUAUACGAGGCAAAGUAACUAAACUAAGGUUUUCAGAUGACUCAACAAUCCCACUUCACAGACGAAGAAAUAAUAUCGUUCUGUGAUGUAAUAGGCCCAUACGAGACCUAUCUUACCACAAUAUUGGGAGAGAAGGCCAAGAUAAUGGGGAAGAGUUAUGUUGUGAGAGCCGAGAAGAAGAAGGAGAUCUGGGGGAAGGUGUUUCAGGACUUGUGUCGUCUCUAUCCUCGACUGGCAGAACUCGGACUGUGCAAAAUUCAGAAUCAUUGGCGGAAUUGGCGACGAAAGACAUCUACCUUGGCCAGAAAGUACAAUACUGGGCAGGGGUUAAGCAAUGUGGGUUUAAAAGAUGGAUGCAGGACAUUUGUUAAACCAUUUGGAAUUGAAGUGUGAUAAGCUUCUAUAAAUUCUAAUUUGAUAGACUAAGAAAUAAAACAAAGCUAUGUAAAGUAAAUUAUUUUAGGUAGAGCUGGCAGUGUUCAAUGCGAUGAAAGAGAACAUUGUAAGUAGUAGUAGCGAAGACAAGGGCAAGGCCGUUGUCUCAAAAACAAUGAAGCAAGAGCCCAUGGACGAAGAGGAUAUCGUGUCUAAUUCUCUGAAUCUCUUCUCUCGCGAUCUCGGCGAUAAUUGGACUCUAGACUUCCUUAAUGUAAGCCUUCUGCCAUUAUUUUUAAAUUAAAAAAAAUUAUAAUUAAAAAUUUCUAUGAUACCGUUUUGUAGGUUUUUUAAACCAUGUUAUACAUCAUUCUUACAGUUGUUUUAUUAUGUCUUAUUUUAGCACACAACAAGCCCUCAACGACCUCAACGUGUUGUCAGACCAAAAUACAACCUUGUCUUUAACAGUAACGGAAUCCUCAACCGAGAAUCUGCAUCCCCAACAUCUUCACGACAAGAUAUUAUCAUCAGCUCGUCUCAGGAUGAGCCUACUCCAGCUAACACACCUAGUACGACCAGUGCCUUGAGCAGCAGCCAACCCGUAAGGAUAUGGAAAAACUAUAUUUUUCAUUAAUUUUACAUUCACAAGGCUAAUGUAAUUUCAUUAUAUUGACAUUACUCUGUAGACGAAUAGGUCAUUUGAACUAAUUUCAGGAUAACAAGUCCCUAAACCUUUCGGAAGUCCUCCAAAUCGUGGAUUACUGCACGAAAAACAAUAAAAAGUUUGAGAUUCUGGAGGGAGCACUAGUGUUCAGGGACCGGAAACCUGACGAAGAAACCGAAAUUCGAAUUCCGUUGGAAGCGCUGGGGAAACGAAUUGAAAUUUAG